CAAUAUUCUACUAUUGUAAUCAAUGUCAUAAAAAAUUCAAAUGUAAGAAAACAGAAUCAAAAAAAGAUAAAAGUGAUCAUAAAGAUUAUUAUAAGAAAUUUGGAGUUCCUUUAUAUGAACUUUGUAAUGCUUGUCAUUGGCGUUGUAAAAAUAAAAAAUAUACAAAUUGUUGUAAUCUGAAUAAAUAUAAUGAUAUAAUUUGUGAAUAUUGUAAAAAUAAUAAUAUAAUAUGUGAAAGAUCUCUAUCUAAGAGUCAAGUAGUAUUUGAUAAAAUAAAAGAUAAAAUUUCAUUCAUUAGUUGGCAGUAUGAGUCUAAUGAAA